GACAGCUCUGUCAGUAUCCAUGUUUAUAGAGUAAACUAAAACAAUUGUUAUUGCUUGACAACCACCAGCCUAGCAAUAUAUUUCAUCUUUUUUAGGUUAGACAGCAACGUUAACCUAUUUUACUUAGCUUGUUGACGUGAUCUUAUCUCACCAGAAACAUGGCUUGCAAGUGUGAAGUGACACAGUCCACAUGGCAGCCGACUCGCCCUCGGGGGCCGAUAGCUGCCAUGUACGCCAGUCCUGGACCUCAAUACCAGCUUCCCGGACUGGUAGGUGGUAACUUUCACGAUCCCAGGAGUGUACACAACAAGCGGCCCAUCUACUCAUUUGGCAUCCGACACGGGAAGUUCAGCGAUGACAGCAGUCCAGGCCCCGCGUACUACCCCGACUCGAAAAUGUACCGCGAUGGAAAGGACGGCACUCCUCACUAUUCACUGCAUAGCCGUCACAGAGAUUUCACCAUGGCUAAGACUCCAGGCCCAGGAGCGUACCGCCCCGAGGAAGCAGGACCCACAGCUGCCAAGUCCGCACCUAAGUAUUCUUUCGGAAGUCGACACCGCAGUCGAGGAACUGAUCAAACACCAGGUCCAAAUGUGUACAAUCUACCACCAAUGCUUGGAAAGACUGCACAGGGUGGGAAGAAGCAAGCUCCCAUAUUUUCAUUAACUGGUCGAAGCAAGAUUGGCAGCUUCCACGAAGACAUGCAAAAGACUCCUGGACCUGCCAACUACAGCGUGUGUAAUCCCAACCUGUAUCGUGAGAAGAAACCCCAGUACAGUCUUACCUCAAGAAACCCCAUGCCGUCAGACACCACCACAAAACCAGGCCCAGGCGCCCACUCACCAGAAAAAGUUCGUUUCAACCGAAGAUCAGCCCCGGCAUUCACUUUCGGUGUCAAACAUUCCCCAUAUAUGUGUCCGCUUAUUGCUGACCCUGCAGACUAAAACAAACGACUGAGGAGCAUACGGUUUUAGGAAGGACCAAGAGACUUUCAAGUUGAGACAUAUUUGCAGCCUUCGAAGUGUCCACGGUUGCCUUUGCCCAUUUGUCAAAAUUGUAGUAUAUGCACAGUGGUGUCAUUGCUAGUAGCAAUGGGACUCAGUUUGUUGUAUUUAACUAUUUCACAGCAUUAUAAAUAACAAUGACUUUAUUUAUAUAGAAUUUAUUUAUGAUCAUUUUCGGAGCACAUGUCUUGUUUCUAUAACAAUGUUAUAAAUAUAUCAUUAAUCCAGACUAAUGUAAUUUAAUUGACAUUUCCAAAGCUUUAGCUAAAACAUUUUCUACAAUAAUUAUGUGCUUAGCUGUAAAAAGUGUAUAAGUUGAUGUUAUCAUACAGUAUUAUUAGUUACAAAUAACUUUGGUUGAAAUUAUAUAAAUGAGUUCAUUGAAGAUAAUAUACAAAUUGAACUUGUUUUAGUAAAAUACUAAAAUAAUGUCGUAAAUUUCAUGUUUAACUAAUCAAACUGUAUUUUCAGUAAGAAAUGAUUUAUGAUAAUGUACAAAAACAAACCUGUGUGUUAUGAAACUGUUAAAAUAAUAUAAAUUGUUUUCUAAAGUAAAGAUAUAGCUCAAUCAGGUUGUUAACUAGUGAAGCAUUAUAUCCAAUAAUUAAAAACAUAUACCGGUAUACUCUUAGUACUCCUGAAUAUUUAUUAAAGGUUAUUAUAAAAAUCAGGGCUUUUAAGACAUUACAGUAUUAUACCUUUUUGGGUUUUUCUUUCGUCCUUUUCUUUUUUCUUUUUUUUGAUAUGUUAGGCACAGAUAGUAGUUUUUUUGAUAUGUUAGGCACAGAUAGUAGUUUUUUUGAUAUGUUAGGCACAGAUAGUAGUUUUUCUGUGGUGUAAGGAUUUCUGCUGUUAUUAUUCCGUCCAGAUGGAUGUGUUAUCCAUUAAUCAUACCAGUAUAAUACCAGUCAGUAUAUUAUUGAGAUGAUCAGUAUUGCAGAAAACAGUAUUUACUUCUAACUCGCAGCAUGCUGCACCCAUACUGCUCAAAUACUGUAUUCGGUGUAAUAAACGCUCUUAUUAAAAACACCAUAUUAUUCAGAUAGUGGAUAGUAAAUGAUUGUAUAUAUCUCUAAUAAGCACAGUUAUUCUUGAAAAACUGAAUAAAAAUUUAUUACAGACAUUUCUAAUCUGUAAUGAGUUACUUGUGGUGUCACAUAACUGUUUUUGACUGCAAGACUGUUUUAGUGUAAAUAUGCUUGCAUUAAUGGAGUUGAUUAAAAACACUAAUAUAUUUGUAUAUUAAUAGAAAAAGGAAUUUUGUUUUAUGAUGAAGUUUUGCUGUCAUUUUUAUGCACCUAUUUUAUUUUUCUAAAGUUAGUAGUUUAUUUUAAAUUACACUAACGUCAAAAUUCAUGUUAAUUUUUUUUAAAUGACCUUUUUAAUAGCAUAUUAUGUCAGCCUACUUUUUACACUGAAUACAGUAUUGUAUUUUUUAAUUCACCCUUGUGACUAUAUGUAUGUUGAAAAUACGUUACUUGUUGUGUUUGUAUAUUUGUCAUAAUGACAUCCAAUGCAGGUUGCCUGAAUUUCAUCUCUAUGUUCAGUAACAGGAUUUAACUACAUGUAUGUAUUAUUAAAAUGGUUUCAAAUUGUCAAGUUAUAGCAUAACCAGCAAAGUUUGUGGAGGGUGUGGGUUUUUUUCGUAAAGAUGAAUUGAAGAAUUUUUAAUGGUGUUUCGGUAACCACCACUCGCCCCCAAAAAUUCACCUGUUAAAGGUUAUGACCAUAGGAUUCUUAAAUGGUAUCCAAAAUGGUAGACGCUGCCAGUGUUAGGCUACGAUUAAAUAGCUUAAUAAACUGGCCGAACUUACCACUGGUUAUGGUUGUUAUUACCAAAGUCACAACUAGAUAUUUUAUGACAUGAAAACUGCAGCUGUAAAAGUUGAUCAAAACCGUCAUAAAGAUAUAUUGGACAUAAAACUUGACAUGGAAACCAUUUUAGUAUUUGUGAUGGCUUUCUGUACAUGUAAGUUGUAAAGUUUAGUACAGCAUGUAAAGUGAAGAUGUUGAUGAUUAAAAAAGGCCCUGUUUUAGAUAGCUGUAUAUAUGACAUAAGUUCUACAGUGAAACCCCUUUAAACCGGACACCCAUGGAAGCAAGUAAAGAUGACAGUUUUAAUGGGUAUCCGCUUUAGAGAUGUUAUGUUCUGUUCUGAUAUUUUAAAACGGGACUGUAAAAAAAAACGUCCAGUUUUCAGGGAAUUUCUGUUUACAGAGGUUUUACUGUAGUUUCAUUGUGACAAAUUGACAGACAAAUCUUAAUUUGUAUUGUUCAGUCCCCUCCCCCAACAUAUUUUACAUGUGCUUUUUACUAUUGUUGGAUACAUACAUAUAUAUUUUUAUGACAGCUAAUGUCAAAUAUUUUGCUAACAUUCCAUACGCAUUAUGUAACUAUGAUUUUAGUUUCAGGCAAUACUUUCUGUGUGCUGUUUUUGAUAAAAGUUUAAUCACAAAAUAUAAACGUAUACAUGUAUAACUUUUUAGUAUUAGUUAAAGGGCAGGCAUUAUUCGUGUCAUUUCAUUUUAAAAUUUUGACUUUAUUUUUUUAAUCUGAUUGUUCCACUAAUGUUAAUGACUGCUGAAAACAUUCAACUUUCUCAAUUGCUGCCCUUAACUUGUAUAUAGAUUUAUUAUCUGUGAUAAGUGUGCUACUAAUAACAUUCUUUUUGUUUUGUGGUUUAUAUUUAUUGUUUAAUUUCUAUUUUCAUAGUAUUAACUUAAAUUCUCUGUAAAAUUAGCCAGUCACAUAUUGGUACAUAAGAUCAAGCAUUACUUUUAUUAACAUUUAUUUUUAAUAUUUACUGGCUAUUUCCUUUUUUUUAUCUCUUCAUUUUUGAAAUUUCAACAUUCAUUAAUUUGCUUUUAUGUUUUUUGUUGUAAAUACAAAUUUAGAUGAAUUAAUUAAUAUAGAAAAAAUACUCUAUUUUCAAGUAUUUUUCAUUUCAGAAAUUGUUUUUGAAAAGUUAAUACAGUACAUCUUUAAGCAUGUAAUAGGCCACAGCAAUAUCUUGGUUCAAAAAUAUUAUUGAUGCUUUCUUACUAUUAGGAAGGUAAUACUCAUACAAAUCAUAUAUAUAUAUUAUAUAUAUAUAUAUAUAUAUAUAUAUAUAUAUAUAUAUAUAUAUAUAUAUUAAUAUAUAUAUAUAUAUAUAUUAAUAAUAAUAUGUACAAAAAAAGCACAACUAAAAACAAAAACAAAAGAUAUAAAUAUUAUCUUCAUUAGCAUAGCCAGGACUUUAAUUGGGGUUUUUCCACUCACAAUCUUUGAGUCAUGAUAUGGGGAAGGAAACCCCUCUCACUAUGCCGCCAGUGAUAAUCAUUAAUUAGUUAACUGAUAAGCACUUGAAUUUGUAGUUUCCUUUUUGUUAACCCACUGAAUUCAUUGUUGUGGUCUACAUCCUUAGGUUUUAGAUUUUUAAAAAAAACCUUUUUACCUAUAAUUGUUUUUGUUUGGGCGUUUUUUUUGGUUGUCUUUUUGUCUUUUCUAUCUAUCAUUCACUGUAGCCUUGCAACCCUGCUCAAUAUUUUGACGAUUGACGGAAAUAAAUGUAGAUUAAAAA